GCUUCAUCACCACAGGAUCUUGCACAGAACGCUCUGGAGGAGUGCUUGACACAGGAUUGUGAGUGCGGACCUUCUUGGAAACUUAAUCAUCAGAACGAGUACGAGACGCAGAACGAGUCGAAGCCUCACGAAGAAUUGUCCUUCAGCGGCUUUUUGCUUGAGAACAAAUCGUUCAUAGUUGCAGAGAUUGGCGACAAGUCUUUAUGGAACCAAAAAUCCAUAUGGAAGAAAAGAUUCAUCACAGUCGCAGAAAAGACGAUUGGAGAAAAUCAGUUCAUUGAAAGGUUAAAAAAUGAACAGCCGAGCAGAGAACUAUGGCUUGACAUCGAAAACAGCCAGCAAUCAUUCAUUAUGAAAGAAAAACAGGGACUAUUUCAUCCCCACCUUUUUAAAACUGCACAGCUAAGGAUCAAACGGAAGGCUGACAUGUGCUCAGUUGAUAUUCUUGAAAAAUCUACCUCCAAUCAAUAUCAUGAAGUCAUGGGACUUUAUGAUGGUGAUCCAAGGAAAAAACCACGAAAUGAAGAUGUUUAUGACAAUAAUGGAGAAGAGCUACUGAGAUAG